AUGUUUAAGACCUGUUCUAAUAUCAAGUAUAAUACAUUAAGAAAAGGAUUCACCUCUUCAGCAAUUGUUAAGGGAAAACCUGGGUGCUCCUUAGUACCACCAGUGCAUCAUUUGGUUAAAAUUGAUAAAUCUAAAUUGUCCCCGAGAUUUCCUGAAUUAAAAUAUGAUAAAGAUGACAUUAGGUCACCAUCAUACCGUCCUAAAAAUACUCAUCAAGAUAGAUUACAGGAACAUUAUUUAAAUACAUUGCAAUCUGAUUUACUUCUAAUCAACUAUCAACAUGAGGCAAAAACUGAAAGGGGACAAAAAAAACGUACUUGGGACGUUACUACAUCCCCAUACCAUGUCAAUAGACCUUUAAGAAAACCACAAGGACCAGAGGGACAACGUCCUGAUAUUCAUCCUAUCAUUUGGAACAACAUUCCGUCAAUUAAAAGUGUAGUUUUGAAUUGUUACGUUUCAGAUGCUAGAGACAAUGAACUACAUGCAAUUAGUGCAAGUUUACAAUUACAGCAGAUAACAGGUUGCAAGCCAUCUAUUAUUUAUUCUAAAUCAAAUGUCCCAAACUGGAAGAUUAGAGCAGGUCGUCAAAUGGGAGCAAAAGUUAAAUUGACUGGCCUAUCUAUGCACCAAUUCUUAGCUACAUUAUCAGAAAUCGUUCUCCCAAGAAUUAGAAAAUAUAGAGGUAUUAAAAUUACUUCAGGUGAUUCUAUGGGUAAUAUAUCGUUGGGUCUUACUUCUAACGAUGUCAAAUUUUUCCCUGAAAUAGAUGCUAAUCAAGAUCUUUGGCCAAGAACAUUUGGGUUCCAUAUAACCAUAAAUACUGAUGCUGAAACAGAUGAAAGAGCUAGAACUUUGAUUAGUGCAUUCCAAUUACCAUUUGAUAUUAAUUCUUCUGAGAAGGUGACUUAA